AUGUGCCAAGUACGCGGCUAUGCUAUGGUGAUGAAGAAGCAAUACGAUAGCCGUCACAAGCCUGUCUUUUUCCAGAAGAAUGACUUCGUAUACUUACGUCUUGCGCAAGGGACUGAGCCGGGUUAUAUAUGGCCAUCGCGCAACAUCACAAGGAAACUUACCCAGCGACAUAUCAAGUGCCGUGUCAUUGAACGCGUCGGACGCCUGGCGUAUCGCUUACAGAUGCCGCCAGAGCUUGCUGGAGCUCUCCCAGUGGUAUCGUUACAACACCUAGAACGUGCCCCUCAAGAAGGCGAUCUCUCUUCAGCUGAACCUCCCUCCACGUUCGAUCCACGCUUCCCGGAAGACACAGAUCGUGCAGACGUAGACGCGGUCCUGGAUAUGCGACAUAGAGGCCGCGGACGGGGUCGACGAAAGCAGUACCUAGUCCGGUGGUCCGGAGUGGGGAAUGAACACCUGGAGUGGCUGGAUGAGGAUAACCUGGUGGGAGCAGAAGAAAAGGUCCUAGAAUACCUCCAAGACGUCCUGCGUCAUACGCAGGAGUCCAUAAAUUAA